GCGUCCUGUCGAUGCCACAUUCACUCGUCACUCACCAAGAACCCAGAGAGAGACAGAGGAGCUCUGCUCAGCUCAUCCGUUUCUUCUUCCUUCUCGCUCUAGCUUCUCGAUCUGCCUCCUCCUGAUCAAGCAAUCUUUCCACACAUAUUUCUCUCUUGGAGAGAUAGCCCGGCCCUCCUCUUCCUUUCUCUCUCCAUCGACAGGCGCCCACGAGCUAGCUCCCUCAAGCGACGAUGAUCUCCGCGGACACCAUCCGCACGGCCAUCGGCGUCGUAGGCAAUGGGACCGCCCUCGUGCUCUUUCUAUCCCCACUGCCGACGUUCUACCGCAUCUGGAAGAAGCGGUCGGUGGAGCAGUACUCGCCGAUCCCGUACGUGGCAACGCUGCUCAACUGCAUGAUGUGGGUGCUGUACGGCCUGCCGCUGGUGCACCCGCACAGCAUGCUCGUCAUCACAAUCAACGGCACCGGCAUGGCCAUCGAGCUCACCUACGUCACCCUCUUCCUCGUCUACUCCGCCGGCGCCGCCCGCCGCAAGGUCUUCCUCCUGCUCGCCGCCGAGGUCGCCUUCGUCGCCGGCGUCGCCGCGCUCGUGCUCACCCUGGCGCACACCCACGAGCGGCGGUCCAUGGUCGUUGGCAUCCUCUGCGUGCUCUUCGGCACCGGCAUGUACGCGGCGCCGCUUUCCGUCAUGAAAAUGGUGAUCCAGACGAAGAGCGUGGAGUACAUGCCUCUGUUCCUGUCCCUGGCCUCCCUUGUCAACGGCAUCUGCUGGACUGCCUACGCCCUUAUCCGCUUCGACCUCUACAUCACCAUUCCCAACGGACUGGGCGUGCUGUUCGCGGUGGCGCAGGUGAUCCUGUACGCCAUCUACUACAAAUCCACGCAGCAGAUCAUGGAAUCACGCAAGCGCAAGGCCGACCAGGUCGCCAUGACCGAGGUCGUCGUAGACGGCAACAAGUCCACCAACAAUGGCGCCGGCGCCGGCCAUUACUGAUCGAUGCCAAGAAGAAGAUGAAAAGCAGACGCCCAGCUGGUCGAUUGCUGCAUGCAGCUGGGGCUAUGCAGUAAUUAGUAGUGUCCUUAAUUCCCAAAGGGAUUAUGUAUGAUGCAGUAUUCUGUCGUCUAAUUAAUCCACGGAGCAGCUGAUCAGCUGCGUGAUCGAACAAGGGAAGUGCAGCGUUAUUGCAGCCCCUCCUUAAUUCUCCUGUCAUUUCAGUACUACCGUAAUCCUCUGCUUUUUUCCUUUUUUUUUUUCUUUUCCCUUUUUUGUUUCCUCUCUAUGUUGUAGUAACUUGGAGGAUUGUGUUGGCGAUAAUUCAGCCUGGAAAAAAAAAAGACAAAAGGAAGAGUUAUUGAAAAAAAUAAACCCUGUUGUUCCCCUGUUCUGUGGCCUGUAAAUUCAUUUGUUGCUCCAUCUAAAAAGAAUAAAUUCUUCUGUUGCAUA